CCCUAACCGAAGAUUCCAGAGGAACGGCAUCGUAUAACUUCUUCCCAGUAAAACUAACCUGAAAUCCCUUCUUUCUUUCAAGAUUUCAGCUAUGGAGAGCGGAAAACGAAAAAGGAAUAGAAAAAAGAAAAACUCUAAUUCAGAUUCUCAUGAUCACCCAAAGAAGCUCGUCUCUGCCCCUCAAAAAUCAUCUUCUGUAGAUAACUCCAACUCGAAGCGUAGAAAAACCAAUGCAGUAGUACCUGAUGGAGGAGGAAAACAAUUGAGUUUCCUGGAAAAGGCGAAAGCUAGGUUAUCUGGUGGACAUUUCAGGAUGAUAAAUGAGAAAUUAUAUACUUGCAGUGGUGAAGAAGCACUCAAUUAUUUCAAAGAAGAUCCUUCUUUGUUUAAUAUGUAUCAUACUGGAUAUCAAGAGCAAAUGUCACAUUGGCCUGAGACGCCAGUUAAUGUUAUUAUCCAAUGGCUUAAAGAACAUGACCCGUAUUUGAUUGUUGCUGAUUUUGGCUGUGGGGAUGCUCGUCUAGCUAAAAAUGUGAAGAACAAAGUCUUUUCAAUUGAUCUUGUUUCGAAUGACCCUUCUGUUAUUGCUUGUGACAUGUCAAAUACACCCCUUGCUUCUUCAUCAGUGGAUGUUGCAGUUUUCUGUCUUUCAUUGAUGGGGACCAACUUCCCUAGUUAUCUUACGGAAGCGCAUAGAGUUCUUAACUCAAGUGGUUGGCUCUUAAUAGCUGAGGUUAGAAGCAGGUUUGACCCAAACAACGGAGGAACAGCUCCUGAUGGGUUUCUAAAAGCUGUCUGUGAUCUUGGAUUUACUUUAACAUCUAAGGACUACUCAAAUAAGAUGUUUCUCUUGUUCUUCUUCAAGAAAAAGCAAGAGAAGCGGAAGUCAAAGAACAAAGAAAUUGAAUGGCCAACCCUGAAGCCGUGUUUAUAUAAGCGUCGGUGAUGUGUUUCUGUUUCAAGGUGAUCUGUUGUUGUUUCAUAGUACUUAAAAUUGUGAUUUGAGUUGUUUCAUAGUACUUAAAAUUGUGAUUUGAGUUCGUAUAUUAUUUUCUGUAUAAUGAUUCAUCAUGGUAAUCACCAAGUUCUGUUAGUGUAAUUGGUGUUUGCCAUUUAGAAGUGAACUAUUAAGAUCGGAAACUGAUCUUACUACAAUUCCCACCUUACCUUGCCAAACGUAAAAACUGUUAGUACUUUA